UGUAUAGAAACGCUGGAAAGGGACGAGUAUCAUCCCUCUCGUUUGAGCACUUCUGGUUGGGGCCGAGGAUAAGUGGGAAUUGCAGAACAUUCGAGUGCGAGAGAGAGAUAGAGAGAUGAGCUGGUGUUGUACUUAUAGUCUUCUCCCUCCAAGUACUCGUCUGCAAGUGACAGACUUAUCUUGUUCUUGGCAAUUGAAGAAUGCCCACCAAAUGCUUCCUUCUCUGGGAAAGAAGCCCGAGAAGCAGAAGAAGAACAAAAUGAAGCAAUUCUAUGGAUUCCAAACCCCUUCAACAAUUGUCGCUUACUAUGGAUUGAAGACACCUCCUUAUAAACUCGAUGCUUUAGAACCAUACAUGAGUAAGAGAACGUUGGAGAUGCAUUGGGGAGCACAUCAUCGUGCCUAUGUGGAAGGAUUGAAUAAACAGCUAGCAAAUGAUGAUAUAUUAUAUGGUUAUACUAUGGAUGAACUUGUCAAAGUAACAUAUAACAAUGGGAACCCCUUACCUGAAUUCAACAAUGCUGCGCAGGUCUGGAAUCAUGACUUUUUUUGGGAAUCCAUGCAACCAGGAGGUGGGGGAAUGGCUGAACUUGGGGUACUUCAGCAGAUUGAAAAGGAUUUUGGUUCCUUUACACAUUUCAAAGAGAAGUUUAUAGAAUCAGCUUUUACUCUUUUUGGCUCUGGUUGGGUUUGGCUUGUCUUGAAGAGAGAAGAAAAACGACUUGCAAUUGUUAAAACAUCGAAUGCCAUCACUCCACUUGUAUGGGAUGAUAUUCCCAUCAUCUGUUUAGAUAUGUGGGAGCAUGCUUAUUAUCUGGAUUACAAGAAUGACAGAGAGAAGUACGUGAAUGCAUUCAUGGAUCAUCUCGUCUCAUGGAACUCAGCGAUGGCUCGUAUGGCACGAGCAGAAGCCUUUGUUAAUUUAGGAGAACCGAAAAUUCCUAUUGCUUGAAAUAUUUUUGGCAUGAAAAAUCCAUGAUUAAAUUAGUUAUUCUGUAGAAAGGCUUCUGAGAGAUAAUGGUCAGACAUCAACCAGUGGAGACCAUUAAGAGAGAAGUUGUGCUCUAAAAUGAGCUAAUGCUUUUUUGUAGUCCCUAGUUUAGUUUUUGUUGUACGGCGAAAGUUGAUCCCCUGAUGUAAUAUGGGACCAACCGAAAUGGGUCUCAUUAAAGAUUGAGUUGUUUAGAUUGUAGUUAAUGUACCACUAUUUCGAAAAUCAAUGGUCAAUUUUCAGAAUUCAGCUUUUAGAUUUUCA